AUGACAUCUCCGAGUAAUAACACAGAACCCAAAAAUGCCACCUCUCGCCCCCUCAUAAUCCCACAUAAGCGCCCUCUCCUCCCACCCAGGACAAGAAAUAACAGCAACCCCGAUGGAAAACCAAUCCUCAAAGUUCUAAAUCCCAGCGCUGAGCCAACAGAGACAGUCAUGUUUCAAUCCAUGCUGUACGUUGACGAAGGGUUCGAAGACGAGCCAGAUGAGCCAUACGAAGAAAUACCUCGUUACGAAACCUCAUUUUCAAUGGGCCCUCAACCCUUCCUUGAUCCGCCAGUGUGGAAGGCCAUGCUGAAAAGGGCCCAUGCUGCAGCAACUGCCUCUGAGGGUGGUCGGGGUGAGAAAUCGGGGUCUUCGGAGUCUUUGGAUGCACGCCGUCAGCGCCAAGAGAGAGAAGCAGAGUAUGGAGCUACGGCGAUCCGUGCUCGAUCAAAUAUCAGUGGGAGGGGGAGGAGGUGGAAGGGAAAAGGGAGGGGAGGAUUAUAUUCUAGUGGAAGGUCUUGA